AUGCAGUCGUCAAGUACCGUCGGAUCCCAGCUUCCGGAGAACCCUACAACUUCACAACCGUCCAAUGACCCACAAUUGAUGCACGCAACAACUGUAGCUAGUCAAUUAGAAAUGUAUAGAAGCAUUUUCCAAAACGCUACCCAAAACACAUCAACAAGUUCCAUCAACAACUACAAAAUUUCCGAAAAAAUCGCGGAAGGAUCCCACGGGGUUGUGUUCCGCGGCAUGAGUAUGAUUUCUGGAACAAUGGUGGCUUUGAAGUUAAUUAAAAAACUGGCAAAGGAGGAUGGAGUUUCCACAAACUUGAUUCACGAGGCGGGAAUCCUGCAACAAGUUCAACAUCGAAAUAUCGUUACUUUCAUAGAAGUUUUUAUGGAGAACAGUACACUAGAAUCUCCAGCAAACUGUUGGUUGAUAACCGAGUACUGUGCAUGCGAUUUGCUAGAUUUAGUGAUGGUCCCAAAUCUUCCAAUUAGCGUGCUUCAUAUCAAAUCUUUGUUGCAAUCGCUUUUGAAAGGCGUUGCUCACCUACACAAACGAUCAAUCAUGCACCGAGAUAUAAAGAAAGGAAAUCUAUUAAUCGAUAAUCAUGGUGUGCUGAGAAUUGCCGAUUUCGGAUUAGCGAUUCAAGUCACAAAACUGACUCGCACACUGAAAACAAACAUUGGAACAAUGGUGUUCAGAGCACCAGAACUUCUUCUGGACGAUAUCCAUUAUACCAAAAAGGUUGAUAUUUGGAACGUGGGAUGGGUUCUCUUCUCCCUCUUCACGGGAAAACCAGGGUUCAAUGUCCAAACAACAAAUCAGGUUCUGACAAAGUUGACCCAUAUGUGCGGGUCAAUAACCGAAGAGACAUACGCUGGUUGUCAAAAUCUUGAGGCAUAUAAAGGCUAUCGGAAAAGGAACUCAUUGAAUUGGCCACGAAUGGUCAUGGUAAUGGCAAGACGUGCUGCAUUUGGUCCGGAUACAGAAGAAAUCUCUGAUAAAAAUGAGCCUUCUCAUCUUCAACGAGAUCUAAAAGAAUCGGGCAUUAUGGGCAUCGAGCUCAUUGACCAGAUGCUAACGUUGGAUCCAACAAAGCGUCCGACAGCAGCAGAAGUGCUCGACAAUGAAUGGUUCAAAAUGGAGCCGCUUCCAAACCCAUGCAUCAGUGACCUGCUUGGGGAGUACAAAAAAUAUCACAGAGAAAAGAAAUUCCGUGCAUAUGGAGAAGAUCAUAAAAGCAAUUAG